AUAGAGUUUUCAUAAAAUCCAAAAACUUCAAAGUGAAAGAGUUUUAAUACAAUGUUAACUAUGCGGAGUCCAAAGCAGUUACUAAAAGGUUUUCUUGUUCUUACAGCUCUUUCAUUGUUUUACAAUGAGUUCUUCAUCUACUAUGUUACUCUCUAUUCCUGCAGUUAUCCUGGGAAAGCUGGUGAAAAAGAAGAAACCCUAAAUGCGCUAAUCCUUGCAGAUACACAUCUACUUGGUUCUCGGAAUGGACACUGGUUUGAUAAGCUCCGAAGGGAAUGGCAGAUGCAUAGAACAUUCCAGACGGCAAUGUCGUAUUUCAGACCGGAAGCUGUUUUUUUCUUGGGAGAUAUAUUUGACGAAGGAAAAUGGUGUCCACCGGAAGAAUUCAAAAAAUAUCGACAGAGGUUUGAUGAUUUGUUUUAUACUGGGGCUGAUACAAAAGUAUAUGUUGUCGCUGGCAACCAUGAUAUAGGCUUUCACUACAGUAUAACUCCUUACCUGGAUAAACGGUUUAAAGAUGCGUUCAAGACGCGAAGUGUCCAACAGAUAAAAUUGAAAGGAGUUGAUUUUGUUCUGAUUAACAGCAUGGCAUUUGAAAAUGAUGGUUGCUUCCUGUGCAAAGAUGCUGAAAAACUCCUUGAAAAAAUUAGUUCGAAUCUGAGUUGUACAGAAGAUGAGUGUCCUGGACCAGUUCUCAUGUCUCAUUUCCCGUUGUACAGAGAGUCGGAUGAACUAUGUGAUGAGUUAGACUCAGCACCAGGAAUUGACAAGAUGGAGAAGUUCAGAGAAAGAUGGGAGUGCAUCAGUAAUUCAUCUUCUAAUCUUAUUAAACAGAAACUUAAGCCUAGAAUAGCUUUCACAGGUCACACACACCAUGGCUGUAGGACAGAUCAUGAUAGUUUUAUUGAAUGGACUGUUUCAUCCUUUAGCUGGAGAAACAAACAAAAUCCAGCUUUCUUACUCGCAAGGUUUUCUGCUGGCUCUAAAUCUGUAUCUAAAUGUAUGAUGCCGGAGGAAACUACCGUGUACUACAUGUACAUAGGCUUUGCAACCAUUCUACUAUUGUACUGCAUUAAACUCAGAUAUAAUUAGAGAAGGUUGUACACUGUACAAUUUACUGUGUACAGUGUACAUCACAAGGAAUCAAUAUUUGCAUUGUGCAUCCUUUAAUGUAAAAAUCCUAAUUUUGUAAAUUUUUGUAUUUCACUUUCUAUGAAGUUUUCAAAUGUUUUGUACAUGUCUAGGACUACAAAAAGAGUAAGUGAGAAGAUUGAAAAUUGCUCUACAAUGUUCAUAGCUCUUUAGAACUCUUUUAUAUGUUUCUAAUAUCAUUAUAUACAAUUUACAUCACGUUCACAUGUACAAUUUUUAUAAAGUACACCUUAUUAUAUUUCCAUUUUCUUUUUCU